UUCUAUUUAGCUGCAUAAUUUGUGUCGUUAGCAGUCAUUAUUAAAGCAGACAAGUCGUUUUUGUUUGUUUGUUAGUAGUGGCUGCUGGUAGCUAGCUAAGUUGAACUGCGAGCAGCAUCUAAAAAUAUUCACCCUGGCUGAGCUGAGGUGGACAGGAACAGCCUGACAUCCAGCGGGCAGUGUGGGAAGUCAGGCUGUGAGGCAUCAUGGGUAACACCAGUGACAGAGUAUCUGCUGAUCGCCAUGGAGCGAAGGCCCAACGCUCCGACAGCAGUGGGAGUCACAAGGACCAAGAGACCAGCAGCAAGUUGGUGGACAGCACAGAUGACCCUAACAUCUUCAAUACCCAUGGACCUGAGUCAAAGACAUCAGGAGAAAAAGAAUUCACCCCAGAUCUCGACGACUUGGUUAAAACUGGUCCUCAGGCUCGACCCACUGUAAUCCGCUGGGCUGGAGGGGGAAAAGAAGUCUACAUAGCCGGUUCUUUCAAUAACUGGAGCACAAAGAUUCCACUAAAUAAAAGUCACAAUGACUUUGUAGCCAUUCUGGACCUGCCUGAAGGAGAGCACCAGUACAAGUUUUUUGUAGAUGGACAGUGGCUCCAUGAUCCAUCCGAGCCGGUGGUAACGAGUCAACUCGGCACCAUUAACAACCUGAUCCAGGUGAAGAAGUCAGACUUUGAGGUGUUUGACGCUCUGCAGGUCGACUCUCUGGAGUGCUCCGACACAUCAGAUCUGUCCAGCUCCCCUCCAGGCCCGUACGGACAGGAGCAGUACAUCUUUAGACCCGAGGAGCACUUCAAAGCCCCUCCGAUUCUCCCUCCUCACCUGCUUCAAGUCAUUCUCAACAAGGACACUAAUGUAUCUUGUGACCCUGCCCUGCUGCCUGAACCCAACCACGUGAUGUUAAAUCACCUUUAUGCUCUUUCCAUAAAGGAUGGAGUCAUGGUGCUGAGUGCUACUCACAGAUAUAAAAAGAAAUACGUCACUUCUCUGCUUUACAAGCCCAUCUAAGCCUCCACUCAUGGGCUCUUUAAGAGCAGCUUGUUUGUAUUCUGCUAUUUAGUGUUUGCUUUACCAGCGUUUGUGGUCACCUUCAGGCAAAUCUUGCACUGAUACACGUUUACAAGUGGGUUACACACACAGGGUGUGCACUUCUGUCUACAUAGGGCUUUAUUCAAAAGUAGCCAAGUGCAUCUGUGGCAGUGAGAGGGAUUCAAACUCAAAUGUGGCUUUCACUAACACGGCAUACUACGAAUGCAAAAACAAUAGUUUAUUUUUGUGCAGGUACUGUAUCAGUCAGUUUUUUUUUUUAAUCAGGUAGAGGAGUUUGAAUGUGUCUAGGAUUUUUCAGCAGUUUUGAUUUUUGGGAACUGUUGUGUCUAGAGAUGCACUGAAUGAGGGGAUUUUCAAGAAUGUUUUUGCAAAAACUCAAAAUUACGUAUCUUUAAAAUGUAUAUGUUGAGAAAAGAGGUAAAAGUUGAAGUAAACGAGGUUUUUAAAGUAAGAAAGAGACUUUAUUUCUCCUUAUUUGUCACUUUUGUGCUAUUGAAAGCUGUAGAUGUUUGAGAUGACAUGAGUAGGUCAAGAGUAUUAAAUAAGUCCGAAUCAAACUUCAGCGCAUCUCUAGAUGUGCAAGCGUGUAACAUUUCUUUCCAUUUAUUUAUUUGCUUGCAUGCAGAUCAAGAAUACGUUUUGACCUGCAGCGACACAUUCUGUAUUGUCUGACCUUGAAGUGCAAAAACGUGCCAUUAAAAAGAAAAAUCUAAA